AUGUUGGAGAGCUUGUGGGCCAGCAACCUGUUGGAGAGCAGCAGCAUGUGGGCCAAGAACCAAGCCAGGGAGCCUGUGGGCCAGGAACCAAGCAGCCUGUUGGCGAGCCUGUGGGCCAGGAACCAGCCUGUGGGCCACAACCUGUUGGGCCAAGAGCAGCCUGUGGGCCAGGAACUUGGCCAGCAGCCUGUUGGUGAGCCUUUGGGCCAAGAACCUAGUGAGCAUGUUGGAGAGCAGCCCGUGGAGAGCCUGUGGGCCAGCAUCCUGUUGGGGAGCAGCCUGUGGGCCAAGAACCGUCUGGCCAGCAUCCUGUUGGGGAGCAGCCUGUGGGCCAAGAACCUCUUGGAGAGCAGCCUGUGGGCCAGGAACCAGCAGCCUCGAGCCUGUGGGCCAGCAUCCUGUUGCGAGAGCAGCCUGUGGGCCAGACCAUGCGGGUCAGCCUGUGGUUGGCCAGAACCUAGUGAGCAGCCUGUUGGGCCUUUGAGGAAUCUAGCGAGCCCUGUGGGCCAGAACCUAGCGAAGCAGCCUGUGGGCCAGGAACCAAGUGAGAUUUUGGGUAAUGAACUUAGCGAGCCUGUAGGUGAGCCUGUGGGCCAGGAACCUGGUGAGCCUGUGGGCCAGGAACCUAGCGAGCCUUUGGGCCAAGAACCUAGUGAGUGUGUUGGAGCACAGCCUGGGGGCCAGCAACCUGUUGGAGAGCAGCCUGUGGGCCAUGUUCCUGGCGAGCAGCCUGUGGUCCAGCAACCUACAGGAGAGUCUGUGGGCCAGGAACCUGUUGGUGUGUCUUUGGGUCAGAAACCUAUCCAGGAUGAAGACCCUGAGCGCUCCCAGUCCAAGCAGACGUCUGAGAACCCUUUGACUUGGAGCUAUCCUGAAGUUGCAAAGCCUGAGCACAGGCCUACUGUGUCUGAGCGGCUGAGGCUGGUGGCGGCCAACAGUGUGUCGACUCAGUGUGGGGAGAGUGUGGUCCGGGUGCAGGUGAACCAGGACCUGCUGGGGAUUGGCCGGCUCAUACAGCCAGAGCAUAUCACUCUAGGAGGUUGUGCUGCCACUGAGGAGGACGCUGAAGCUCAUGUGAUCACCUUUGAAUCAGAGCUGCAUAGCUGUGGCAGUGAGCUGAAGAUGACUGAGGAUGUGCUGAUCUACACCUUCACGCUUGUCUAUGAGCCAAAACCUCUUGCUAACACUUCUAUAGUGAAAACCAGUGCGGCUAUGGUUGAUAUUGAGUGCCACUACUUGAGGAAUCACGAUGUGAGCAGCAAUGCCCUGAAGCCAACCUGGAUCCCCAACAUUUCCAACAUGGUGAAAGAGGAACUCCUCUACUUCUCCCUGAGGUUAAUGACUGCUGACUGGCAGUUUGAGAGGCCCUCCAACCAUUACUAUCUUGGUGACAUGAUCAACAUGGAAGCCUCGGUCAUGCCGUACCACCACGUUCCCCUCCGUGUCUUUGUGGACCGCUGUGUUGCCACCUUGGCGCCUGAUGUCCACACUGUCCCUAGAUAUUCUUUCAUUGAGGACCAUGGGUGUCUGGUUGAUGCCAAGUUGACCGGCUCCAGCUCCCAGUUCCUGUCCAGAUCCCAGGAUGACAAGAUCCAGUUUCAGCUGGAGUCCUUCAGGUUCCAACCACAGAUUGAUUCCCAACAGCUCUACAUAACAUGUCACCUGAAAGCAUCUGCAGCCUCUUCCCCCAUUGAUGCUGAGAACAAGGCCUGCUCUUUCACAGAUGGCUGGAAGGCUGCAGGUGGGGAUGACCAGAUGUGUGUCUGCUGUGACUCCAGCUGUGCUGUGAGCAAGGCUAGAGAUCUGGACAGUGAUUUAGAUAUGCAGAAGGAAGGUGAAGCUACCUUGGGCCCUAUCAUGGUCCAAGAGUAAUAUUACAAGAAUCUUUCCUAUUUUUUACUUUUUGAGGAGAAUAAAUCUGUUACAAUGUUCA